GCGGGGCGGGGGGGGUGUGUGUGGGGGGGGAAGCGGGGGUGAGGGCGGCGCAAGCCCGGGUUGGGGGGGAAGAAGGCGCUGGCUCUGCGGUCACUGACUCCGGCACCAUCGCCCCAACCAGCCGGACCCCCCCGGGGCCGGGCCGAGGCAUGGCCACCCGCCUGCUGCUCGUCACCACCCUGCUGCUGCUGCGGACCCCGGCGGCAGAGGCCCUGAUGGAGCCGGAGCUCUGCUACGUCCUGGACGCCAUCCUCUUCCUCUACGGCCUCAUCAUCACCAUCCUCUAUUGCCGCCUCAAGUUCCUGACGCCCCGAGAGUCGCAGCAAGGAGCCGGCAAGGAGAAGGAAGAAGCCAUUUACACCGGGCUCAGCAGCGAGGGCCAGGAGACGUACGAGACCCUCCAGAUGAAAAGCUCCUGACCCCCUCUUGCGCCGCAGCCCCCCCCUCCUCCUCCCCCCCCUCCCUCCCCAGCAGCUGGGAACCCCCCCACCCAUGGCGCCCCCCCCCCCCAACCCCCCUUACUGGGGCUGUGGUGAAGAACUGGAGCUUUU